AACAAGAGUCUUUAAAAACAGCCUUUCACGCGACCGCUGCAGACGUCGCGUGGGAUUCCGUGGCGUCGGCCUUGUUGCUCGGUGCCAGAGCUGUCACAAGAAAAUUUGGAUGUGCUGCAUUGUGUUCACUGUAUGCUAAAGACAUUGUGCCUGCAUAUUUUCAUUAUUUGCUGGUUCCUGCAUUCUCCUUAGAAAAACUGCAACCUGAGCAGGUUUUCCAAAGGAAAAUGCAGCUGAAGUUCCAACACGCCAUUGGGAAACUCAGCACAGGGCCAUGGUGGCAGAAGUAUAGAAAGUGCCUUUUCUGCCUGAGUAAUCUCUCCCUUGGAGUCAGCAGUACCGUGCUGCUGUUUUAUGCCCUGGCCUGGGAAUUUGGGAACAUUGUCAAUCUUCCAACCAAAAGAAUUGGCUUCUUCAACUUCUGCCUGUGGGACAAGGAAGCUGGAAAACUGGGCUGUUUUGUUCUCAGUGACUUGGAGAAAAUGAACGUCAACACGUCUGCACUGAUGUUGUCCAGGGUCUUUGUUUAUAUCACACCAGUCCUGUGCCUCUUUGCCUUCACCACAGUCUUACAGGCCUUGUGCUUUAAAGACAGAGUUGGCUGGAAACUUGCCCGUUUUCUUUUAGCUAUUUGCAGUUUAGUGCUGCCCAUUGGUGUCGCUUUGUUUCUCCUCUGCACUGCUAAGUGGAUUAAAGUCUCUGAACUCAGUGCAGUUUUUGUAGCCCUCCUUGGGGCUCAGAUUUUGCUGUUGGUCCACCUGAUCAUUAUUGUCCUGUACCUUGCAAAGUUGAAAGACUCACUUCCCGAGGGAAAGCUGCUUCCUGAGAAGAGUCUUCCAUAAGAACAUGAAGCAUGUGCUUAGUAUUAUAAAUUUUGGAGUGGGAUAGAAGAAUGAGUGGGUGAAGCAACCACACUAUCCUUCCAAGUCCCCAGGGAAAAGAAGCCCGUGUUUGCCAUAUUAAAGAGGAGUGUCUUGAGAGAGAGGUGGUAUUACUGGCCACACACGUUUCUAUAUACUUCUGGUUCUAAUGCUGAGACUUCCUAAAAGAAACACAGUAUGUAAUUCUUUAGAAGUCAACUACAGCUUCGGAGUAUUGAAAGUUUUCUUGGUGCCAAAAGUGGCAAGCUGUUAGUAGAAGGUGAGCUAUUAGGUAUCCACAAAUCUUUGCUUGAUUUACAGACCAGCUAUUGUUUGUGUUAUCUAGCUCUCUUUUUCCUGUCCCAUAUCUCCUGGCCAUGUGCAGAGGGCAGAGAGAGAACCGGGGGCUUCUCAUUUAAGCAGAGAUUUCAAGAAUGUGAGAAACAUUGCACAUCCUGUCAGCCACUUAGAAAGAGAGGUGCAUCGUCACUCUGCUCCUCCAAACUAAUAAAUGUCAGGGAGGAGAGUUGUCUAUGGUUGGGUAUGAGGGGAAAGUGUUCAGAUAGCAGUGUUGCCCAGUUGCAAAGGAGGAGUGGGUUGCCUCUUCUUGUAUGCAAUAAUUUAAAGUGCAGCACUCCUGUUUUUACAUUCGCUUAGUAAUAAAAAUAAGCAAAGCUUGGAAUAUUUUUAACUCUUAGUUCCAUUGUUAAGCAACAGAAAAAAUAACUUGUCACUAACAUUGCUGGGGAUUUUAGAGUAACUCUGUGUUGCUCGUUACAUUUAAUGCUAUAUUAUUUGUUGUGGGGAGCAUGUUGCUGCCUACCUUAAGUAUGGUAGGAGGUAGGGCUGCUCUGAUUUUUAUAUAAACAAGGAUCUGGACUGCUCACAUCCAUACUGGGCCCCACCUGUUGUGGUGGCAAAGCUUGAAAUAAGCUGCUUGGUACUUCCGACUUCUCACAAAUGCAGCAUUCCCAAGGAAGUGUUCAAAGCCUUGUUGCACUAGCAGCACAACAUCCUUGUUUUAGAUAAAAUACUAAGCAACCCCAGCCAUCUUGUCUACAUAAGCAGCAAAAGUAUCCUUCCUUCACGGCUGCUGUAAUAAGUAAAAUAUUAAAAGUUGGCGGUCCUUAUAUCCUUUAAUGUGAGCAGUUCCUUCUUGACUGUGGAAAAUAACUCUGCAGGUAACUUUACUGAUAACUUUACAGUUACUUCCAAGCUAUGCAAAUAAUGGUUUUGAGGUUGUGCUUCAUGUCUGGGAUAACCGUGCCUUGGUGACAGGUGGAUGCGUCUGUCACCUGCCACUACAGACCUGAGUAGGGUUCUUUUUGCCUGGGUGCCUAUUGAAUAUGAACAAACGUUAAAUACUCAUUUGGAUUCUGUAAUAAACAUAAAAUUCAAACUGAAA